UGUUAUAGGAGUUAAACAUGCAGAAUUAAACGCAAUUGAAGACUUAUUAAAAUUCUGAAUAAACAAAAAAAAAAACGUGUCAUGCGCGUUAAAAAUGGACAUAAAACAUACCAGGCUGAGAAGGAACUAAGUCGUCUGUACACAUUGUUAACGACCCAGUCUUUUAUUAGCGUAAUAAGUGCGAUAAGGGGGAUAUAAAUGGAACAGUUUGUUUGAUGAUAAUUUUACUAGUCAGUUUAGUGCUCUCAAUUAUUGAGUUUAAAUGUUUACAAAAAAAUGAACUCGCUACAAUUAAGGUGGAAUUUUGGCACAUUUUAGAUACAAAGAUGAAUACCAACAAUACAAACGACAGUAAAGUACAGGAAGUCAUCAAUGUUCGUCUGACCUCUGACUGGGUUACCAAUGAGUAUAUCUCAAUCAGUCUCGUGGCCGUGUCCGUUCCAUUUAUAUUCUGCAGUAAUAUUAUCGUACUCCUCUCCGUGAUCAAAUUCAAGCGUCUACAGAUCCCAACCAACUUUUUCAUCAUGUCACUUGCAGCAGCCGACAUUGUGAUUGCAAUAACGCUUCCUUUUUAUAUAACUGUUGAGUUAACACCGAUCAAAAUAUCAGACGACACUCUUUGUUUAGCCGCCAACAGGAUUCUCAUGACGGCUGGUGGAGUUUCAAUCAUAACGCUAGCAACUAUCGCCUAUGACCGUUUCACAGCCAUUACGUAUCCUCUAAAAUAUAUCUUACUUAUGAAGAAAAGAAAAAUAAUCGGAUUUAUUCUGUUUUCAUGGUUGUAUAGCAGUUUCAUCUGCUGGAUUCCUGUGAUAUUCGGUUUGCAUGGAAACGUGAGACAACAUUCUUCACAAUGUUCUAACAGUGUUCUUAACCGGAAGUCACGAAUGUUGUUCAUAAGUGCAAUAUUUACCCCAGCAUGUGCUUUAAUUUUAUUUUUCUAUUUCAAAAUAUUCCGGAUCGCGCGACAUCAUGCGCACGCAAUAGCGGCUGUUGAAAACUCAAUCAGAAGUACACUAGAAAGGCAGUUUGUGAAGAGUGAUACAAAAUAUGCCAAAACCAUCGCAAUUGUGAUCGGGGUGUUUCUAUGUUUAUGGUUACCGUAUCAAAUAUGCUUACUCUUAACAUUUAUUGGUUACAGUGAACAAAAUCAGUGGGUGAACAACUAUUUGAUGCUACUGGCGUUCUUCAACAGUGGGGUAAAUCCCUGGGUUUACGCCUAUCAGAACAGUGACUUCAGAUCUGCCUAUAAGAAGUUAAAAGAUUCUUGGAAGUGCAAGUAUACAAUUGACAUUGAAGACAGACGAACCAGUGUAAUUUCAACAAUAAGUGUAAUUCCGUCUUCAAGUACGUCUGCGCGUUUAAACCGCGCGAACAGUAGAGUUCUCGCAAGUGAUAUUCUCUACACACUCAGCCGGCAAAUUGGGACUGAAAACAUUGAGCACGUGCUAGACAGACGUCUUUCGGCGCGGCAUAGUGUGAUAAAUGCCGUCAGUUCGUUACCGGAUUUACUGAAACUCUAUGCCAAUACUUAUAAUAAAAGUACUGCAACAGAUGUGUGUAUCCUAGAAGAUUUGCAAGAAGAUCCUUUAGAGAAAGAGGGGAGUAACGACAGUGCUUAUCCACCGUCUGAUACAAUCAGCUGUAAUUUGUCUAUAUCGUCUGGCGAAAAAUCUGAUAAGGAAGUAAAUGUGUAA